UCCCUCCGUGAAUUGAGUGGCUGGAAUGGGCACCGCUUAAGGCCGGGGCAGGAUGGAGAAGAGGGCACGUUCAGACGUUCCUGGCACGACCCAGGUUGGGAAACUGGCUGUGGGCCGCAUCUCUCCUUCUCAUAGGGGAAGGGGGGGACGACUCUCCCGGGGGAGGGAAGACAGCCCCACAACUGUCACAGGGGCUCUGUCCCUCAAGGUCACGCCCCGUGCCCCCCACCCCACCUGGGCAUAUUCCCACCACUGGGGCGUUUCCAGCAAGAAGGUCCUUCCAGCAGGAGGGCAGAAGGUCAAGGGUGCUUUGAGGGCCAGGGGUCGAGUGAUCAGAGGUGGGUGUGUGGGGGGUUGGGGAGAGGAGUCCCAGGCCCCAGGGGGAGCCCUCUGGCAGCCGCACAGCCCAGGGACACUGGCCAGAAGGUGCCUUCUCGUCCUCUUCCUCCUCCAAGUGUCCGUGGGGAGGAAACGGGCCAUCCUCGGCCGCUUUCUGGCACCGGUCAGUGGCCGCCCGCCAAGCCGUUGACCUUCUCCCCUUCCAGGCCUUAACCUGUGGCUGGCGGGGGGCCAGAGGGAGACGUGCUGCGUCUUGCAUGGCCCUUCGCGGAGGAUCUGCGGAGAAAGCCCCCUUGAUUUCCGCCUGUCCGGCCGAGGGGAAACUGCCCAUCUCCCCCUCUGGGCCGGUCCAGUGACAUUCUUGCCUUCAGAGAAGGAAGGGUGCUUGGUGUGCUGGUGUGGGGGGGGGGAGAGAGAAGGCAUCUGGGACGCAGAGCAAAGAGAGCAGCGGAUGAAACAUUAACCGUGCUGCCUCGUGCGCCUGGUGUCGCAGCUCGAGAACUGCUGCCUGGGGUCUGCAGGAGGUGAGCCAGGGGGUCUCCUGCAAACUCAGGUGGCGAGGGUUUGCACCGGGCAAGACUCCAGACAGGGCAGCAGUCUCUUCCAUCGCUUCUCAGCCCCGGGAGAGGAAGAGGAAGGGUCAGCGGAGACAGCCAGGGGGCUGCCGGGACCCCAGAGGGACGCCGGAGCAGGGAGCAAAGUUCUGGAGAGGCUCAAACUCUCAAGCAGAGUCCCGGCUGGCUGGGAGAGGAACCCUCUGGAACUCACCUGUGGCCCCUGCCGGACUCCCCCGGCACACUGAGGAGCGAAGCGGAGGCGAGGAAGGGGACCGACCCGUGCCCACCUGGCCAGAGAGCCCCCGGCUUACCCAGCCGUCUCCACCGGCCGUCGAUGGAGAGCCGUGGAGCAAGAGGGGUCCGGUAGUCGCUGGGACCAUGAAGUGUUGGCUAUGGGGAUCUCUGGGCUGAUUCUACUCCUCGUUGUGUGGGCAUCCUUGGACCCAUCCUUCCCGGCCCCUGCCCAGCCUGUCUGCGACCAGAGCGUCAUGAACAAAUUCAUCCAAGACGCCAGCAGGAUGGAGAAGGACGUUGUGGACCUUUGCGAAGAUGCCUGCAACUUACCUGAACAGGUGACGGUGUCGGACACGCGGGUGAAUUUUCCGGACUGGCGAGCAAUGGACAGGUCCAGGCAGGCCUGGGAGGUGUGGAGUGGCCAGGCGCUUCUCUCCAGCGCCGUCGGCCAAGUCAAAAGCCAGCAGCCGCGGAUGCAGCCCUUCCUUCGCCAGCUGGAAGUGAUGGAGAGCGGGUUGAGGAGCAUCCGGGAGAUUCUGCGCAGGCACAAUGCCCAGGCAGGCCCCGCGGAGGAGCCCCUCCCUCGGACGUUGAGUGUGCCCACUGUGCCAAAACUCUUCAGCGUCUAUGCCAGUUUCCUGCGGGGGAAGGUCAACUUAUUCCUCGCCAGCGUGUGCCAGGGAAGCGGCAGGUGACCAGGGGGGGUGGCGGCUGGCCACUCGGCGUUCCUCCCCUUCCACGGGGAGAGGGAAGACCCCCUCGGAUGGUCGCUUGAAAGACACAGGCGUGCAACACACACCGCGUCUCGCGCGCGGCAACUCGGGGGCCGUGCCAACGGCCGCUCUGGAUCGGACCGCCAAGAAGCCAUCACCACCACCACCACGAAAGCCACUUCUGCACACUUCCAGGUGUCACCUGAGUCCGGGCGGAGCGAAGGGGACGAGGCAGCCCCCCCCCCCGAACCCCUGUUUGAGAGUGGCUGCUUCUGCAGUGAGACGGCGCAAGGGGACGAGAUCAAAGGAAACAGGGAUGGAGGUCUGGGGUCUCCCCCCCAAAAAAGCCCCCGUUGGCCACCAGCAAAGAGGAAGAAACCAGGGCUGGAAAAUGCCGGGGGGGGGGCAUUGAGGCUUCAGCAGAUGGCUUCUAGAUGUGCUUGUGUCCCCCCACCCCCGAAUCUGCACCAUCCCAACCCCACGCGGAGCCGGUUUUGGGUGAAAUUCCCAUGCGUGGACCUGCGUGGUGGCGCUAAGCUGGGGCAACCGAAUCAGGGGGUUGGACUAGAAGACCUCCAGGGUGCCUUCCCACUCUUGUUAUUCUACUGUGUUCCAACUAAGCUGGUGGGAAGCGGUGGGGACCCUCCCCCUUUUUGGGAAACGGGGUGUGUGUGUGUCAAGGACGUCCUUCGCCUGGGGAAGGAGGGGGUGUCACUUGUUCAAGCCGAACCCCUUCCACACUUGCACACCCCCCACCCAUGUGCGCGGUGGCAAUAAAGGCUGAGCGGAUCAGCUGGGGACCUGGCAGGUGUCAAUCAAACCAUGGCCGACUAGGCAUUGAAGCCUUUUAAGCUAAAAACCCUCCAUAGGCAGUCCUGGACGUACAACUGUUCAUUUAGUGACCGUUUCAAAGUUACAACGGCACUGGAGAAAGGGACGUAGGGACGUUUUUCACACUUACGACCGUUGCCUUGUCUCCACGGAAUCAAAAUGCAGACGUUUGGCCAGCUGACUCGCGUUUAUGACGGUCGCAGCAUCCCGGGGACACGUGAAGCAGAGUCCAGUGAGAUGGGGCUUAGGAACUGUACGACUCAUGUAACAAUUGCAACGAUUCGUUUAACAACAGCGGCAAGAAAGGUCACAAAAUGGGACAAGACUCACUUAACGACGGUCUCACUUAGCGGCAGAAAUUUCGGGAUCCGCCGUGGUUGUAAGGCAAGGACUGCCUGCUUUGUCAGAAUGAGACAAGGGUCUUUUCACAAAGAUGCAGCCCCCCCCCUCUAUUCCCCAUCCGCAAAACGUUUGAAAGUGGGGAGGGGGCUCCUUAGGGUGCCCCUUUGAGUGAUUGACAGCUGCCAGGCAGCACAUCCAACGGCUGGCUCUGGCCUGGUUGCAAGUAGUCCUCGACGUACGACCAUUCAUUUAGCGACCGUUCCAAGUUAGCACUGGAAAAAGAACUAGUCCUCGUAGUUACGGCCAUCACAGCACCCUCCAUUCCAUUCCCCCCCCCCCCCACAGUCCUGCAAUCAAAAUCCAUUCGCUUGGCCACUGGGACGUCUCGCCAUUCAGCGUCAUGCAUUUACGACGGUGGCCCUGUCCCUUGGGGACACAAACCGGACCUUCUGAAGAAGAACGACUGCAGUGAUUCGCUUAACAACCAUGGCGAUAAGGCCGCGAAAUUGGACGUGGUUCGUUUGCCAACCGCCUUGCUCAGCGGCAGCCAUCCUGGGCUCACUCACGGUCGUAAACCGAGGACUUACCCACCACUGCCAUUUAUCCAGGCAACUUUUAAUGUUUUUUUUAAAGGGCGUCCUGUAUACAUAUGUAUAGUUUUACUCUAAGGCAGGGGUCUCCAACC